UCGUCAGUUCGCCAGUGCGCGUUCGACUUGUCGCUCCUGUCAAAAGUCGUCGAGUCUUCGUAUAGCGCGGUCUUUUAUUUCCCUAAAAAAAAGGAGGAAAAAAAACAUUUUCGUUCGUUCGAUACUUGGAAAAGUAGGGAAAAAGAGAAAAGUAACAAAAAAAGAAACAGGCAAAAAGUCUGCGCUUAAAUAAAUUUCGCCCUUUCCCGGGCAAAAAAAAAAAAUUCGCGCGCCACACUCGUAUGGCGCUCGUAAAAUUCGCGAGUGUUCCUGGUGAAAGGUGCUGUCAGAAAAUCGUCAUCUUGAGAACGUGAUCGCGCCUCCCCCCUUCGGGAAAAAAAGGGGUGAAGUUUUACUACUACCUCCCCAUUCCCACCCUUAUUCUUACGAAGCCGGUUUUAUUUUUCGUUUUUUUGAAAAAAAUUCGGUUUUAAAUGGUGAACGAGUGGACAGGAAUUUAAAAUCAUCAUCAUCAUCAUCCCUUAAAAGAGAGUGAGUGAUAUUAGGCUGUUAAUUUGGUUGUUCUUGGAAAUCGUUGUAUGAAUUCGCUUGAAGAGACUACUACUGCCGAUCAUCCUGGCACCUAGCAGACGCCGUUUGUAACACCGGGGUGUGUUUUCCAAGUAUUCAAGUCACGUGGACAAGGAUUUAGUAGGUUGAAGAAGAGCAAGGGUGGCGGCGCUUGGGAAGUGUCGCGCGGUGGUACGCGCGGAGGUAGAAAAAAGUCUGUGUCGAGCGUGCGUGCGUGCGCGCUCGCGCGCUCGAGCGUGACUACGUAGGUCGAGUGCGCGUUGGUGGUGUGCGCGCUGCCCGCCGUUCAGGUAGCAGCGUGCCCUGGUGCUUCGUUGGUGUUUCGUGGUUUACGUGAUUUUGGUUCUUUUUUGUGGAUCUUCACGGAUCCCUUUAAUAAAAGGCGGGGGUGGCGUUUGUGAAGGCAACCUGUAGCAAAAUGGGCUGUGCCAUGUCCGCGGAAGAGCGGGCCGCUCUGGCCCGCAGCAAGCAAAUCGAGAAGAAUCUUAAGGAGGAUGGCAUUCAAGCUGCCAAGGACAUUAAACUCCUUCUACUUGGAGCCGGAGAGUCUGGGAAAAGUACAAUAGUAAAACAGAUGAAAAUCAUUCACGAGAGUGGGUUUACACCGGAAGAUUUUAAACAAUACAGGCCAGUCGUUUAUAGCAACACAAUACAAUCUUUAGUAGCAAUUCUUAGAGCAAUGCCCAAUUUGGGAAUCGGUUUUUCGACCAAUGAAAGAGAAACGGACGCAAAAAUGGUGUUCGACGUUAUUCAACGGAUGGAGGACACGGAACCUUUUAGCGAAGAAUUGUUGGCAGCAAUGAAGAGGCUUUGGGCGGACAAUGGUGUACAGGAAUGCUUUGGCAGGAGCAACGAGUAUCAAUUGAAUGAUUCCGCGAAAUACUUCCUCGACGAUUUGGAUCGAUUAGGAGCGAGGGAGUAUCAACCUACGGAACAAGAUAUACUUAGAACUCGAGUAAAAACGACUGGAAUCGUCGAAGUACACUUUUCCUUCAAAAACCUUAACUUUAAAUUAUUUGACGUCGGUGGACAGAGGAGUGAACGUAAGAAAUGGAUACAUUGCUUCGAGGACGUGACUGCGAUUAUUUUCUGUGUUGCAAUGUCAGAGUACGAUCAAGUCCUUCACGAGGACGAAACUACGAAUCGAAUGCAAGAAAGUUUGAAGCUUUUCGACUCAAUCUGCAACAACAAAUGGUUCACAGACACGUCGAUCAUCCUCUUUUUGAAUAAAAAGGAUCUUUUCGAAGAAAAGAUUCGCAAAUCUCCUCUCACCAUUUGCUUCCCCGAAUACGCUGGCGCACAGGAGUAUGGCGAAGCCGCAGCCUACAUCCAAGCGCAGUUCGAGGCGAAGAACAAAUCGACUUCGAAGGAGAUUUACUGCCAUAUGACAUGCGCCACCGACACAAAUAAUAUUCAAUUCGUGUUCGACGCAGUCACAGACGUGAUUAUCGCGAACAAUUUGCGUGGUUGCGGUCUCUAUUAGGUUAAUUCUAUAUACACAAUAUCAAGCGCGAACACGAAACAAGAAGUUGAAGCUGCCGGACGAGUUAUGACAAUGACGAUUAUAAAUGAUAAUGAUGAUGAUGAUGAUAAAAUAACGACAACGUUUUUCUCCGAGUCGGAAGCCUGUUCAAAUUUUUCAUAUUCUGAUUUCAGAUUUUUAAAUUUCCCGAAGAAAAUAACAAAGAAAAUAAAUAAUCUUCUCACCGCUCGAAGAUGUCAAGAAUAAAAAAUGUAUUUACCAGCAAAGAAGAAAAAACGGAAUCAUGCCAGAGGACUGGAGCCACUGGCACGAGGUGAUACUUCGAAACGCUUAAAAAACCAAAUAAAUAAAUAAAAAUAAAACACUGAUCUGAUCUCUCGGAAUGAAAUUUCUUUUUUUCAAAACAGGGAGAGAAAAAAAGAAGAACUAAAACUUUCGGCUUCAUUAUUAAAAAGGAAUUUUACAGAAAAAAACGCACCUGAAAUUAAUGUUCAAUUAUUAAUGUCUAUGCAAGUUAUUCAAAUUUUUGAGAAAGAAGAAAGGAAUUUUCAAAAUGAAUUUAAUUCUAUACUUUGAAAAACAAAUUAUUAUCCAAUUAUUGUGAAUAAAAACAAAAACGAGGCGAAAAAUUGCAAAAAAAUUUCUAUACUUUAUUACGAGAAGUAAAUACUAAUUUACGCAAAAAAAUCGAUGUUUAGAGGAAUAAUAAAGUUUAGAGAUGAAAAUAUAUUUGAAAAAUAAAAAAAAGUUAUGAAAAUGAGGAAUAAUUUAAAUUAUUCGAUUUUAAGAAAUUUCAAUAAGUUAACAAUUAAAUUAAGUGAAUGAAAGUUGAAGAU